UGUGUAUUCUGAUUGGUGAGUGUCUUUGAAUCGGCCAAUAGCGAGACAUCUGGACUUUUUACUUUUCAUUAGUGGGGCUUUCUGGGAUAGUAAUGGUGUACAGAUACGUACAGUAUUUCUGACAUUACUGACUGUUUGAGAGCUGUUUUAAUUUUCUUAUUUCACUGGAAAUAAACAGAAUCUGCAGAGAUGAGCGAAACAAGUGAUCUUGAUCGACAAAUAGAACAACUAAAGAAAUGUGAUAUUAUUAAGGAAUCGGAAGUGAAAGCACUAUGUGCAAAAGCACGAGAGAUAUUAGUGGAGGAAAGCAAUGUUCAAAGAGUUGAUUCUCCUGUUACAGUUUGUGGUGAUAUUCAUGGCCAGUUCUAUGAUUUAAAGGAAUUAUUUAAAGUAGGUGGUGAUGUCCCGGAAACGAAUUAUCUUUUCAUGGGGGACUUUGUAGAUAGAGGUUUUUAUAGUGUGGAAACCUUUCUCUUACUGUUAGCAUUGAAAGUACGAUAUCCUGACCGUAUCACAUUAAUAAGAGGCAAUCAUGAAUCUCGACAAAUUACUCAAGUAUAUGGAUUCUACGAUGAAUGUUUGAGGAAGUAUGGAAGUAUUACUGUAUGGAGAUACUGCACAGAGAUUUUUGAUUACUUAAGUUUAUCUGCAAUUAUUGAUGGAAAGAUAUUUUGUGUCCAUGGUGGGCUUUCCCCGUCAAUUCAAACGUUGGACCAGAUCCGCACUAUUGAUAGGAAGCAAGAAGUACCUCAUGAUGGUCCAAUGUGCGAUCUUCUGUGGUCUGACCCUGAAGACACACAGGGUUGGGGUGUAAGCCCACGGGGUGCUGGCUACCUAUUUGGAUCCGAUGUUGUGUCGCAAUUCAAUGCAGCCAAUGAUAUUGAUAUGAUCUGUCGAGCACAUCAACUGGUAAUGGAAGGAUACAAAUGGCAUUUCAAUGAAACUGUCCUAACUGUUUGGUCUGCUCCAAACUAUUGUUAUCGAUGUGGCAAUGUUGCAGCAAUCUUAGAAUUAAAUGAACAUUUACAACGUGACUUUACUAUAUUUGAAGCUGCUCCCCAAGAAAGUAGAGGAAUUCCUUCAAAAAAGCCUCAAGCAGAUUAUUUCCUUUGAGUGCAUUACAUUAGUUACCUGUUUUUUUGUUAAUGACAUUGCAUUGCUACUCAAUCUAGCUUUCCAGUUUGCUCAAGAAACUGUGUACAGCGUUUUUCAACCAACCCCAAAAUAUAUCGCGUAGCAUAUGUGUUCCAGACUUUCCCCACCUACAGUGCAUACAUUGAAAUUGUGCACAGGUGGCAUAAUGUUCAUAAUUUAGUUUCCAGAUGCAUUUUACUUCAGAUGAACAUGUAGUGUAAAAAGACGUUUUAUAUAGAUUAAAGAAAAGAUACUGAAGUUAACUUAAAUUUCUUUGUAAAAAAAAAGAAAGAAGCAAACAAAAAAAAAAGCAAAAAAAAAAAAACUUGUGGUAUACAGACAGAGACAAGUGGUAUUACCAUGGUGUAUUGAAUUUUAUGAACUGCAUUUCAAUUUAGUAUCAGUUAUCAUCAGCAUGGAAUUACUCAACACUUAUGUUCACAAUUUAAGAUGUGUUUGAAUGAAAGAUUGCUCUGAGUUUCCAAGUUGUAUAUUUACAUGCAAUAGGGACCAAUGGCAUAUAUCAAUUUAAUUACUAAGCUUUUUAAUUAUCUUUCUAAUAAAUUCUAUAGAAAUUUAUACUAUCAAACGUAUGUGAUCCCAUGCAGAUGAUAAUAAAGUAAUUCAAAGGGAUUUAGAUAAAACAGCAAGUUGCUUAAUUGUAGAUAGUGUAACAUAUUUCAAUGUUUCAUAUUUUUCAUACUCUUCUCCUCAAAGGCAAUAAACAGUUAGCAUUCAUUCUGGGGAAACUUGAUUAGUUUAUAUUGUUGAAUUAGUCAUUCAAUUCUUCAGCUUGCUUCUUUAUCACAUUUAUGUCAGUUUCUUUACAAUUAAGAUUGGUGUAAAUUAAUCAAAUUGUAAAAUUUUUUAUCAAAAAGAUUACAUGGAGUAUAAGCAAAUAA